UUAUAAUAAUUACAAUUGAGGAUAAAGUAUGGUGGCAUAGACCUUUACUCCCAGCACUCAGAAGGCAGAAGCAGAUGAAUUGUUUUGAGUUUGAGGGAAGUCUACAUGGUGAGUUCCAGUCUGGCCAAGGCUAUAUGGGUAGAAGCAAAUAAUGGGCAAGAGUCUCUUUAAUUAACCUGUGGUCAUCAUGUCUAAGGACGAGUGUGCCAAGGCUGGCGAUAGCUCAUUUUCCUCUGAUAAACAUGCCCAGCUCAUCUUGGCCCAAAUCAACAAAAUGAGAAAUGGCCAGCAUUUCUGUGAUGUACAGCUGCAGGUCGGGAAGGAAACCUUUCACGUUCACCGGCUGGUUCUGGCUGCGAGCAGUCCAUACUUCGCAGCUUUGUUCGCUGGAGGAAUGAAAGAGUCCUCAAGAGACGUUGUACAGAUUCUAGGAGUUGAACCUGGAAUCUUUCAGUUACUUCUAGACUUCAUUUACACAGGACUAGUGAACAUAGCUGUGAAUAAUGUUCAGGAGUUGAUUGUUGCAGCAGACAUGCUACAGUUGACUGAAGUUGUCAAUCUUUGCUGUGACUUUCUAAAAGGACAAAUUGAUCCACAGAACUGCAUUGGACUCUUCCAGUUCUCUGAGCAAAUUGCCUGCCAUGAUCUUUUGGAAUUUACAGAAAACUAUAUUCAUGUCCAUUUCUUGGAGGUUCAUAGUGGAGAAGAGUUCCUGGCACUUACGAAAGAUCAGCUAAUCAAAAUUUUACGAAGUGAGGAACUUAGCAUUGAAGAUGAAUACCAAGUCUUCUUAGCUGCAAUGCAGUGGAUUCUGAAAGACCUGGGAAAGAGAAGAAAACAUGUGGUAGAAGUGUUAGAUCCAAUUCGAUUCCCUUUAUUACCAUCUCAGAGGCUUUUAAAGUACAUAGAAGGAGUAUCUGAUUUUAAUCUUCGAGUUGCAUUGCAAACACUUCUGAAAGAAUAUUGUGAGGUCUGCAAGUCUCCCAAAGAGAACAAGUUUUGUAGUUUUCUGCAGACAUCCAAAGUUCGACCUCGGAAGAAAGCAAGAAAAUACCUGUAUGCAGUAGGUGGAUAUACACGCUUGCAGGGGGGCCGUUGGAGUGAUAGCAGAGCCCUCAGCUGUGUAGAACGCUUUGAUACGUUUAGUCAGUACUGGACCACUGUAUCUUCACUUCACCAGGCUCGAUGUGGACUUGGAGUAGCCGUUUUGGGAGGGAUGGUCUACGCUAUUGGAGGUGAAAAGGAUUCAAUGAUUUUUGACUGUACUGAAUGCUAUGACCCAGUUACUAAACAAUGGACAACUGUUGCUUCAAUGAAUCACCCCCGCUGUGGCUUGGGAGUAUGUGUGUGCUACGGGGCUAUCUAUGCUUUGGGUGGGUGGGUUGGAGCUGAGAUUGGCAACACCAUUGAACGAUUUGAUCCUGAUGAAAAUAAAUGGGAAGUUGUUGGCAACAUGGCUGUGCCUCGCUACUACUUUGGGUGCUGUGAAAUGCAAGGUUUAAUUUAUGUUAUUGGAGGAAUCAGCAAUGAGGGACUGGAGCUUCGUUCUUUUGAAGUUUAUGAUCCUCUUUCUAAGCGUUGGUCUCCACUUCCUCCUAUGGGGACCAGAAGAGCAUAUCUCGGGGUGGCAGCACUCAAUGACUGCAUCUAUGCUAUUGGAGGGUGGAAUGAGACACAAGAUGCUCUUCACACUGUAGAAAAGUACUCCUUUGAAGAGGAAAAGUGGGUUGAAGUUGCUUCAAUGAAAGUGCCCAGAGCAGGCAUGUGCGUUGUGGCGGUCAAUGGUCUCCUGUAUGUUUCUGGAGGCCGCUCUUCUAGCCAUGAUUUCUUGGCUCCAGGUACCUUGGACUCAGUUGAAGUUUAUAACCCUCAUUCAGAUACUUGGACAGAAAUUGGUAACAUGAUCACUAGCCGCUGUGAAGGUGGUGUUGCUGUACUGUGACACAGAAAGCAUAAAAGUUCAAGUAGCAUUUGGAAAUGUAGGUUCUGACCUGUUGUAAAUCAAACUUGUAUUUGUGAUAUGACCCUCUGAUUCUUUUGAGGAUAUGUAUUGAAUAGAUAGAUAAGAGUGAUUUUUUUCUAAAGUUUGAAUGUGAAUAGAUAUGGAAUAUAUCUUAAUAAAGAACUCAUAAAUUUGCCAAGCUUAACAACAAUAGAAAUGGUGUUUAUGCCUUACAGUUAUUUAGUUAUCAAUAUAAUCCUAAUUUUAAAUAUUGUUUAGAAACUUCUGGGAAAUAGUGCCUUUGGCUACUUCUCUAGUGCAGUUCAAGUUGUAAUAUAGCCUGUAUACAAUAAAUGAUCAUCUCUGAGACAGUUUAAAAAUUUCUAUUAUAAUUCACAAUUUAGUCCAAAACAUAGUUUCCAUGAUGUGAUUUAACCUAUAGAGAAAAGCUAGUGAAACUGUACUUCAAUGGCAGGACUUUUUACCAUCCCCAAAUAAAAGCAUUAGACUAUUAGGAAGGGCAUAUAGUAAAUAUCCAUUUGGAUUUUGUUUGUUUGUUUUUGAGACAGAGUAUCUCUACAUAGCUCUGACUGUCCCAAAACUUUCUACAUAGACCAAGCCUGCCUCAAAGUCACAGAGAUUUGCUUGCCCCUGCCUCCCAAGUGCUGGGAUUAAAGGUCUAUAUCACUAUGCCCAGCAUAUCUAGCUAUUUAGAUAGGUAAGCUUCUGCUUUUGAUAGUCUGAGAGAUUUUACCAACUCAUAUUUUUUGUUUUGAUUAUAAAAAGUUUUACUUUUUAAAAUUUCUAUGUAUGUGUGUGUGUGUCUACUUGUCUAUGUGCACCUUGUGUAUACAGAUGCCUGCUGAGGCCAGAAGAGGAUGUAGUGUCCCCUGGAACUGGAGUUAAGGUGCUGCCUGAUGUGGGUGCAGGGUACUGAACCUUAGGUCCUCUGAAAGAGCACCAAGUGCUUCUACCUUUUGAGCCAUCUCUCUAGUCCCCCAUGAUGACAGUUGAGUUUUUUUUUUG